CAUCCUAUUGCAGUGCUUGGAAAAUAAUGCUGCUGAUAGGAAGUAUAUUCAAUUGUGCAGUGAAAAUUUGUUAAAAUUCGGUUUAUUUUUAAUGAAAAGGGUUUGAAGAGUUCGAACGCAAUGUAAAACAAUAAAGCGCUUAAAAAUAUAUAAAUAAUUUAGUGAAAUUAGUGGAUUCGGUGAAAAAUUAACCUUUGCACCGUUGCCAGGACGAAAAAUCGAUAGUCGCAGACGGUGAUUUGUGAAAAUUCAUUUUUUAGGGCAUUUAACUGCAUAAUGGUAGGCCUACUGGAUCCUUUGAAAUAUGGAGAACAUUUUUAUGAGUUAUACACUAGUAAUACUCGACGAAAACUUCAAAAUGAUCGUAAAUCAUUGUCUAAACGAAAAAAUAAAGAUAAGAAAGCCGCCGCACUUGCUGCAGCGGCAGCAGUGCUUGAGGGCAACGCAGGUGCCAUUGUAAAUCCAAUGGAUCCACCGAUUAUAAAAGAUCAUUUGGUAUUAUUUCCUACUUUUCCCGUGGCACAUAUAGAACUUGAAGCCAAUGCAUCGAAAUUCGCAAUUUUCGCCGUGAUACGCUCCACUGUCCUGGAAGCAGAGACACGUUAUGCACUAUUUCAAGAUAGCAAGGGUUCUUUGCGUCGCUUACACAAUUUAAGUUCCUCUUGUUGUCUGGUUUGUGCCGGAACCUGUAUGACAACUAAUCUGCUUGACUGCUCUUGUCACAGCAUGUUGUCAACAGCAAUUAAUGGCGCCAAUGUUAGCAAUGGAUUGCUAGUGGAAAAACGUUCUCGACAUGAUUCUGCGAACAGUGAUGCCGAGAGUGAGUCUGAAGAAGUUACUGAGAAAGAGUUUACACUUGUGCGUGUACCAUUGAUUGUGGGUGCAGGAUUGCGCAGUCUUUUCGAGCUAAUCGCUGAAGCGCGUCACAUACAACCCAUGUUAUGUACGAAGGCACUUAGAGCAUUACUAGAUGUCAUACAAGGACAACAGCCGGAAUCAUUUAAAUUGGAACCUGAUGAUUUGAUAAAUCCGCUAUAUGAUUUGUUGCUCGACUUAACCACUAUGCCAGCAGCCCUUGUCGCCAAUGCGACUACUGAAGCCAAUUGGUCGGCAAUGGCUUGCGCAGCUCUGAUUGGACUUUGUAUUGCACGCGGCGAUACCGGAAAAAUACUGAAGGCUAUAGCGGCCAUGUUGAUGUCGCCCAAACAGUUGUCUACACAAAUAAUACAGUUACCUGCCGUACUAUCUUCGCUACAGAGGACUGUUAUGAGUGCCGCGCUGAAUAAACCCACAAGACCAGAUUUUCACACUCAUGGCGUGCCCUUAAACUCGCUUAUCGAUGAGUUCAACUUAAAAACAUCGGCCGCUGCAAGCGGCAACCUUUACACUCAACCUGCAAUGGCAUCAGAUGGCACAUAUCUAUAUCUGCUGCUUGGUAGCUCGUUGCUUAAAAUCGGCACUGGUUUUAGCGGUUCAUUUAAAGGGCACAUUUAUGCACAAAAUGAUGAGUUUACCAAGGAAAGAUCUGGUUGGCUGGGUAAUUUUGGCGGUAACCUCUACUUUCGACGCAAUGUCAAGCGUUCAGCCGACCAUUUGCACCUAGUUAAUAAAGAGACGCUGACCAUAAAGGGUAUAAACUCUGUUAAUCUUGUACCCAUACGAGAGGGAUUCAAUUAUGUACUUUUCACCGAUGAAGAUUCGAUCAAUGCGAUCUGCACUAAUAGAGAUGACACGCUUGUUGUGAAAAAACUCAAUUUCAAUAACUCCAAUACUUAUGGCAGCGAUGCGUCUCCACCCUUCGAGCUGCCUUUGAAGUUGGCUCGUAAGAAGUUUCGUACUCUCGGCUAUGCCGCUUUCGAAGAUGAAGUGCUCAAUCAAAACCAAAUACAAAAAAUACAAUCCUCAUACAAUAUUUUCGAGCCGAAAUUACCCAGUGAUGUUGAGAUACAGGGUAUCGUAUGCGGCAAAGAGUUCGGUUUGGUGCGUGCAUCGAAUGGCAAGGUGUACUAUUAUGGUAAAUCAGCAUCGUUGGGCUUGAAAUCAAUUGGACGCACGCCCACCAUGAAAAUGACUGAGUUGAUUAUUUCGAAAGUUUCGAAUAUUGUGCAUAUCGCCGUUGGACACGAUGGUAUACACGCUUUGUUGGUAAAUGAUGACGGUACUGUUUACUUUACGGGUACUGCACGUCGUGGCGAAGACGGCGACUCUUCAAAGAAUCGUCGACAACCAAAAGCAGUGAAGCCCAAAAAAAUGUCAAAAAUCGAUGGUCAUGUAGUCAUACAUGCGGCCUGCAAUAACGGCACAUCCGCUUUUGUCACGAAGACUGGCAAAUUGAUUAUGUUCGGCAAGGAUACGGCGCAUUGUGAUGCCAGCGGCUGUGUAAGCGAUUUCAUUGAUCAGCACAUAACGAAGGUGGCACUGGGUAAAGCCCAUUGCGUGGCGCUGAAUUCGAAGGGACAGCUCUUCACUUUUGGUCUGAAUAAUAAAGGGCAAUGCGGCCGUGUAUUCAGCAAAUCCAGCAAAGACAAUUGCAUAUCUUUACAAGGUGGCGGCAGUGCUUCAGGGGUGGGAACAACUGGUGACCCUGAUGGGAAAAGUUUGUUGGGUAGCAAGAAGUUAAAGUUCGAUUUUUCGACGCUCUGUGACUACGACGAUCAUCAGUUGGUACAGGGCCAAUGUCGUGUUUGCGUGAUGUGUCGCGAAUGCACCGGCUACAAUGUCUCGUGUGUGUCAACGUUGAACGUGCCCGUGGAGGAGCGUUUACCGGGCGCAAUUUGUCCUUGUGGUCACGGCGAUGCUGGCUGUUCCAAAUGUGGACUCUGCUCCACAUGCAUCUCGCUGCAGGAGGCUGAAAAUGAUGCCAACAAGGAUAAUAAACAGCUACAAAGUGAGUUGAAUCGUCAACGCUCGAAGAGCUUGAUAAUGCGUCGCAAGGAAAAGAAAUCAGGUGCGGAGGAGAAUGUUGGCGCGCAAGCAACAGACGCGGACAAAGAUCCACCACGCGUUGCACCGUUGGCACCACAAAUGCUCAAUUUGCCGAGUAGCUCGCCGGUGGUGCAAGUGUCUUGCGGCCUGCAUCAUACCGUGGUGCUCACGUUGUCCGGUGAGGUGUACACAUUUGGCAGCAAUCAAUAUGGUCAGUUGGGCACUGGCGAUUUGCAGCCGGUUAACGGUCCGGUUAAGGUUAAUGUGCAAGGCGCGAUUAGUCAGGUGAGCGCCGGCAGUAAUCACACUGUGCUGAUGACCUACAAGGGUAUGGUGUACACUUUUGGCAAUUACCAAAAAGGUCAGUUGGGCCGAUUGCCCAAUGAUUUUCCCCGCGAUAAAAGCACAAGCGUGGGUGCUGAGGAUGUGUGCGCAACAACAAACAAAGCGGCGAGUAGUGAGCACAGCGGUGCUAGCACAGUUGCUGGUGGUGGAACAAAGGACGGCGUCAUUGCGAAUUUGCUGACACAGCGCCAGAAAUUCCUGUGGCACUGUGCGCCAGGCGCGGUUUUCGGCUUGGGUCCAAGUUUCGGCAAGAAAGCUACGUGGAUUGGCGCCAGCGGCGAUCAAACAUUUAUCAAAAUCGAUGAGUCGCUCAUCACUACACACAUAUUACCGAAAGUGAAUGUGGUUGCCAAUAAGAAAACAAUUUUGCUCAUUCCAACCAUACCACUUACGUUCCAUACACUCUCGAUUAAUCGCCGUGACGGCAGCUGCACCGCUCACUACCGCAAUCAAAUCAAUUUCGUACAGCUCAUACAAAAUAGCAAUGCCAAGGUAAUGCCGGAGCUAAAUCAAAAUAUCGCCGCAAGCGCCGGUGCUUCAGCAGUGGCCAGCAGCGCACCCGGUGUGCCGGCGUCGCCUCUACAGCCCGCUGUUGCUGGCGCCAUAAACGAGCAGAUGUCGCGUAGCAUGCACGAGGCGCGUAAUCAAAUCUUUGAUUUGCACGACAAUCAGCAGGGCGAACAACAGCAACAGCGUCGCCGUCAACGAGUGCGUGAGCAGGCGAAGAGUCCCGCUGCCGGCGGCGCCUCGGCGAGUGGCAGUGUUGCGUUGGACAGACCGCAGCCGCAAAUUGCAUUCGCUCUGGAUCCUCACUACAACGUUUUGUGGGUGUACGACGGUGGCGCGCGCAAGCUCCAGUGCUAUAAUGUGUUGGCCAGCGAGAUCGCCAAUUGUGGUGCUAAUUCAUCGAAUUUCCGUGCCAUAUUAUCGCCGGAGCUGGCAUUGCCUAAUAAGGCCGAAGCGCGCAUAUCGCGCUCGCAAGCUUCGCUAAAUUUGCUCGCAUGUCUGGACAUACUCACUUCGGCCCAAGAAGCAAUUCCAACUUGUUUCGAGGAGUCUGCACCUAAGCAACAAAAUCAAACCAAAGAAGCUUUGAAUAACGAGUAUCAGAUAGUCAACCGUUUUGAUAAUUUCGGUGGAGGCUGGGGCUACUCCGGGCACAGCGUCGAGGCUAUACGCUUCUCUGCCGAUACUGAUGUCAUGAUUUGUGGCUUUGGCAUGUUUGGCGGCCGCGGCGAGUACACUUGCAAAUUGAAACUUUUCGAUCUGGGCACCGACGGCGGUGGCUACGAGAAGGAGGGCGUACUCAUUAGUGAAACCAAAGAGGUGCCGUUUGAGUGUGCUGCGCGAAGUAAGCAUCACAUUAUGCUGCCCAAAGCGAUCAAUGCUGCGGCCGGACGCUGGUAUUUAAUAUGGGCUCGCAUCGCUGGACCCUCCUCCGAUUGUGGUUCUUGCGGUCAGGCUUCGGUGACCACCGAAGAUCAAGUGGUAUUUACAUUCAAGUCAUCGAAGAAGGCCAACAAUGGCACCGAUGUGAAUUCCGGUCAAAUACCAUCGAUUCUCUAUCGCCUCAUAACGCAAGAAUCGAAACAACCAACAGCACCAGUCGAUGUGGAUCCAGUGCAGAAGAUUACAAAAUCCUUUGCCAACACAGUGAGCAAGGAGUGCUUUGAGAGUUUAGUAGUGUUGCUAAACUGGUCGUGGGAGACAUUCAAAACAAAUUUGCGCGAACAACGCGAAAAGAGCCGCCAACUACAGGUGAAGCAAUCGUUGUCCUAUUUGAUCUAUGUGAACAAGUCCUGUCUGCGCUUGUUGCGAAAAUAUACAAAUGAAAUUUAUCCACAACGCGCCUCAGAAACCUUUGCCAACACACUGACCGCGACGAGCAUUGCUAAUGCCCUCACGAAACUACAGACGCGCACAGGAAAGUCGGCCGAUGGUAAAGAUAAAAAUUCCAAAACCGCCCUGAGCAACUCUGCCUCCAUGGUAAUUGCGAAUAACGUUGCCAAGUAUUUUGGUGAGACAUCUGCUGCAGCGACCACAUCGUUAACAGGCGUUGCCAAUGGCCUUUCGUCCACCCGCAAGCCCAACAUGGAGAAUAUACAACUGGCCGAGUGCAUAGGAAAUGUGCGUGCACUGCUGAUUAGCAUAUUUUGUGAUGAUAUUUUCAAAGAUAUUUGCAACGAGAGGGGCUUCGCUAUGGUCUUGGAAAUACUAGAGGAAUGUCACAUAAGCUUCGUGGCUUGCUUUGAUGCUUUCUACCCGACAUCGUCACUGAAGUGGAACUGUCUCUGUGAUCUGCUCUCACAAAUGGAUAAACAGCAAGGCACCUUGCACUCUCGCUUACUCAGUGCGAUACUUGCGGGUCUUUGCUCACCGUCCGUAAAGCUGCGCACCACAUUCUCACUACUGAAUCCGGGCAAUGAGCGCCAAUCGAUUAUUAGCCCCAGCGACAAUUCUGGUCUGCCAAUGCUGUCGUCCACUGAGGCGCAUCAGUAUCCCAUACUCGUUGAACAAAUGAUCUAUCGCACGCAACAAGAGAAAGCCGAUUUUCUCAGCAAUUCAUGGACAUUCAAAGAUGUGCUCGUCCGACUGCUGGACAUUAUAUCGAAUCCGAUACGCGCGCGCAUCGAGAAUAUAUACAAUCGUAGUGUGCAAUUCAAUUAUGCAGGCGCAUAUGGGGGCAAGGACACCAACCAAGGCUUAAUUGAUAACUGCUGUCACCUUUUGGCGCGUGUACUGGCCGAAAUUGUGUACCAGACCGCCUUGAGCGAUUACGACAAGAUGUUCAUGCCGCCACGCAGCCUGCACUCGACCGGCUCACGUUUUGCGCGCUGUGAUCAGAGCCGCACCUGGAAUACAGGAAAUUUUGGACCCGAUGCUAUUGGCUUUACAGUCGACCGACCAGGCAUUGCCAUUGCAGGCGCUAUGGUUUUCUCCGGCUCGGGCUCCUAUGAUUACCAACUGGAGCUGCUGUACGACAACACAGUCGACUUGCAGUCACAACACAAGUGGGAAACGCUUGAAUCGGUUUCGGGAUCGUACGAUCAGGAUGUGGUGCAUAAUGACAUGACAGAAAUCAAAUUCGAGCGACCAGUGCAUAUUAAGGAGAACGCGCGCUAUGCGCUGCGCAUAUGUUCUCAAGGUGCGCGCACUUGUUCUGGUGAUGCCGGUAUGCCUUCAAUACGCGGUCCAUGCGGCACAACAUUUCACUUUUAUUCCUGCGAUUUGAGUUUCAACGGCACGACACCACAACGCGGCCAAAUUCCUUGCUUACUCUACUACAGCACACCACUUAAGAGCGAUACGUCGGUAGGGGGUAGUGGUGGUGGUGGUGGCAGCAGCGGUAGUGCACCAGCCGCCAAUGAGGUCACAACACGCGAUACGGCUUUACAAAUUGCGAGCGAUAUCACAAAGAAAUGCACCGAAUUGUUGAUAUUGGCGCGCAAUGCUUUGGCCGCCUCACUCUCACCGUCAGACAACUCCUCAAACCAUACACAAACCAUUGACUCGGAACAUAAUAUUACGCCGAUUGAGGAGCACAUGGACAUCAACUGGGCGAAUAAUUCGCGCACAUCCGUGUUACCCGUGGAUGCGAAUAUCUCGACGGCGCGUGACAUAACGAAGCGCAUUGAAUCUUUUUCGAAGGGCAUUAUUGAGACAUUGAAAUUUGAUAAACGCUCCACGAAUCCAUUCGAAAUGGAAAUCGAAAUCGGCGCUACCGAAAUACAUCCCAAAGAUUUGAUGAUAGAGGAGAGCACCGGCGUACAGGAUUUGAAUUUCCGCAAUGGCCAAAUAGCCAAAUUGAAUGGCAACGAGCGUGUGGACGAUGAGGAUGAAGUAGCCGAAGAGUUUGUUAAUGUGCAGCAUCACCACCAUCAUCAUCAGCAGAAUAAUCAGAUUGGCGGUGGUGGCAUUUUGCGUUCGGAGUCGGAAGAUGUGGCUGCGCCUCAGUUGACGGUCGUGCAGAUUAUGGAAGUCUUCAAUAUGGCAUCCUCGAAUAUGUUCCACACCUUGCUGCCGCUGGUUUAUGCGCAUGUUGCCAAUCUCGCUUGUAGCGAUCCAAAGAGCUCUGUGCAAAUACUCGGCAUGAUUAAGGAGAUUUUACCGCACAUCGCCGCACUCAAUCAACUCUAUGCUACAAAGGAUCAAAGCGCUAACGCUGGCGCGUUGACCAUAAGUCCCGCCGCUGCGGCGCAGAGCUUACGCAACGCCAUGGCCGUCGACAAUCGGGAAUUUCGUUCACGUAAAAAGAGUGAAAGCGAGGCGCAAAUGUUGGGCGACCGCAAUGGCAGCGAAGCCAUAACUACAAGCAAUCAUUAUUGUGUCGUGGAGAGCGAGCAUCCAUAUCGUAGCGCCACCAUUAGUUGUCAGCGUGUCGAAUUCCCCCCAUGCGUGCAGUGGUUAACCAUUGAAUUCGAUCCACAAUGUGGUACUGCGCAGUUGGAGGAUUAUCUGUUGCUCUCGAUACCAAUGCGUCCGACAGUUACGGAGCCUUGUCCCACGAAUGAGGACUACUUCGAUAUGCUGGAUAAUAACGUACGACGCGCGCAGGGUUGCACAGGCAAUGCGUUAAUUAGCAGUUGCUAUAAGAGCGCCGUUGGGAAGGAUGAACGUGAGAGUGGUGCGAGUGUGGAUCGUGAUUGGAUUGUAGUGAAGAAAUUCAACACUUCCUCGAAUUGGAUGCAAAAUGUUAUGAUUUUGCCUGGUAAUUGUGUCGAGUUUUCUUUGGAGACAUCUUCGCUGUACGCACAAGAUCCACAUAUUAAUCGUUAUGGCUUUAAAUGCCUCGUCGUCGGCUAUGAUAACCCUUCAACUCUGAGUGCAACAAAUUCGUGCUUGAUACGUCUCGAGCAGGAAUUGGCUUAUUUAGGUGGAAUGUGCAGUGCAAAUCUCAUGAAGAAGGAUCUCAAUUUGACAGAUGAUAAAGAUAUGGAUGAUCUUGGCGGCGUUGAAGACACAAUUAAUGCCCAUCAUGCGCUCCUCUCAAAGGGAUUCGCGCUUUCUGAACCUGUAUUAACGGUACAACAAGCACUAGAGUCCUAUCUGCCAAUUGGUUCCCAAUCAAAUGAACGUCAAUUUCUCAAAGAUUUCAUUAGCGGCGCACCGGGUUCGUCUGGCGCUCGUUUGGCUGCUUGGCUGCAACCGGAAUCACGUCUCGAUCCAAAUAAAUGUGAAUUAAAUACAAUAACCGAACCGCUACGUUAUGGCUGGCCAACCCAAAUCACUGUGACCAUUCGCGAUCAAUAUGGCGAUGCUGUGCUGGUGCCGGAAUUGAAGGUGGAAAUCAAAGCCAUUCCUACCGGCGCUUCUGGCAAUGGCAACAUCAAAAUGCGACGCGGCUCUUAUACGGACAACACCUCAUACGGCGGUGUGCCACCGCCACCUCGUCUGAAUUAUGAGCCAACAAUUAAAGAGAAAAUGUGUUUCAAAGCCAUAACAUUCAUGAAACCCUACGGCAAUUACUCUUUUGAAGAGUUGCGCUUCAGCAGUCCCAUACAGACACGCAUCACCGAGACGCUCUACGCGCAAGACUUGGAAGAUGGCACAUUCAGCGUACACUGGACGCCAAAUUCAGUCGGAAGUUAUUGCCUCACAGUCAAUAUUGAUGGCAUACUUUUGGAAGAAGUUUAUCGUGUGGAGGUGAAAGAAGGCGGUUUACCACCACCCUCACACAAACAAGCAUUGAAGAAACCACAACCGCCUAACAAGUUGCGUAAAUUUUUCACCAAAAACACAGCGGGUUUACGCAUACGCUCACAUCCCACACUGCAGUCCGAGCAGGUGGGCAUUAUCAAGUUGAAUGGCGUUAUUUCAUUCAUUGAUGAAAUUGAGAAUGAUGACGGUGUAUGGUUGCGGCUCUCGACCGAGUCGAUACGGCAACAUUGUACAAUGGGUUGGUAUCCGACUGAAGCGUGGUGUUUGCAGUAUAAUCAGCAUUUCGGGCGGACUCUACUACAUCCAAUAGAUGAGGUUGGUAGUACGUCGAGUGGAGCGGCAACUACGACUACAAUUACAACCACCACUACCGGCACCAGUACCACCGAUGCGUCAGCUGGUGUUGGCACUGCCAUGCUAGUUGGUAGUGGUGGUGGUAGUGGUAAGUCAGCUUCUAAGCCACGACAUAAAAUUUUGCUGGAUAAUGUUGAAUCACCCGUUUCACCCGUACCAAUUGAAUCGCCAUCCAAAACGAAAUCCGCGUCACCAAACAAGAAGAUCUUUGACUUCUCGCAAGAUCGUUUCACGCCGCCAAAGUCGUCUGAACUUUCACAUACCUCCACAAAUCCAUUUCUAUUCCCUAGCGUGACAAAGUCAGAAUCGGAAGAUAGCGAAAUACAAAAGGUUUUCGAUAUGCAAUCUUCAACGCAGACUAACAGCACCUCAUCGUCGCAGCAACAACAGCAAGCCGAUCUACUGUCUUUGCAUUCAUUACAAAAUACCAGUCCAUCACAAAUCGGUUCGGCUAUUGCUGGCGUGGUCGGUGGUGGCGCUAUAAAACUACAAGCUCUACAGAAAUGGUUUAAGGGUGACACUUUGGAUGGUCCAGGCUCUGCCGCUGCUGGUGGACCACCCUCGCCGGCCAAGGAGCAUCAACGUAAGCGCUCAGACGUAACCGAAGUAAUGUCUACGGUUUCUGUGCGUGAGUUAGUUCGCGUAAUGGGUGGACAACAAGAUAUGCGCUGCAAUGGCAACAGUGCACACGUGCAAGGCAGUGUACCACGAAGCUCCAGUCCUGUACAAAUACCAGCAACGGCCAAAAGCUCUACUGAGUCAACGAGCGUUAGCAUAAAAUCUACUGAAGCUUCGGAAACUUCUGGGCUCUUUAGCUCGCUUACACAAGAUUCAAGCUCAAAGGAGUUAGAACAUGCACCAUUAUCUGCUGCGGCCACAUUUGAUAUAUCAACAAUACGUAUGACGAGCUUCACACCAUCACAGACCGCCGCUUUACUUUCCACACCAAAACAUUCGCCACGCAAAUUGAUAUCUAGUCUCCGACGUACCACAUCACCUUCUAGUCGUGGUGUUGAUGCCGCUGUGGCGCUUAAGGAGCCCGAUUUGACACAACUCGAAGAUGAUAUGAGCAUGUUACAGAUUACAACAACCACCACUGGGGGUGGCGUAACUACACAGGAUCAAAUUUUAUUUGGCGAAAUGAAGACAGCGAGCACUACUGCCAGCACAGACGACUCGAGCCCACCAGUCUGGCCGCCACCACUUAAUCAGGCUGGGGCUUCCACGACGUUGCCAAAAUCAUCGCCCAGUAAACGUAGUAUUAUUGGGCCCAUCAAACGCGCAAUGCCGCCAUCGCUAGCCGAAAGUAUACGUGCUGUGUUCGCGGCUUUCCUCUGGCAUGAGGGACUCGUGCACGAUGCUAUGGCAUGCGCUAGUUUUCUCAAAUUCCAUCCAACACUUCCCAAAGAAGGCGCCACAGUUGUGACACGUCGUGACUCUAAAGACAGUCGUCUCCAGCUGUCAAGAGAGCAAAAAGCGCAACAGCGGCACUCUGUUGAGGUGGCAAAUGCUGGCACCUAUCUGAAUAUCAGACCCUCCACGCUGGAGACGCUUACGAAGAGCGGCAAUUCUUCGCUGAAUAAUCGUAAGCAUCGCAAAAAUUUGACAGCUAGUUCAGGUGCGGGUGGCGGUGAAGAUUCGGAGGGUGGUGAAAAGCAAAAGUUACACACGUUGCCCGAAGUGGUGACUGUGUUGCCGCCAGCGCUGCGUUGUCUUGUCUAUCUGUGGGAGCAGGUGUGCACCAAUUGUGUGCAACUGAUGCAAUCAAAUAUAAUGGAUCGCGAGAAAAACGGUGGCGUUGCGGGUGUCGGUGUCGGUGCCAGCGCUGCGGUUGGUGGAAAUGGUACGCCCACACGUGAGCCAAACGCGGAUGUGAAAGAAAAGCAAGAGUCUAACGAGCGUGAUGUGGCGAAGAAAAUGCGACGGAGGAAGAAGGACGAUGGCACAUAUUGUGAGAUUUGCGAGGUAUUUCUACCAAUACCCGUAACAUAUCACAUGCGCAUCGUACAUCCCGGUUGUGGCAAAUCGGCCAAGGGCAAAGGUUACAAUUCGGUUGGCAUUUUCUGUGAGGGUUGGGCCGGGAAUUGCGGUGAAGGUGGCAAGGGUGCGUCCAGUUGGUUCUUGAUGUGCGACGAAUGCCGUGAGAAAUACAUGACUGCAAGUAAGAAUGUCAACAACGUGAAUAAUGCACCGGGUGUGGUACUUACCUCAAACGAACUAAAUUUAUUCGGCGUAAAGACAACAUCACUGAUCGCCAACUCCGAGAUUUAUACAACAAUGCGUGAAAACGCCACAUUCUUGCUUGAGCUAUCCUCAAGCGCUUCUACUUUAAACGCUCCGUGCAGUAGCAAUACCGCUGCUGGCUCAAAUCCACUCAAUAUGAUUUCGUCAAGCAAACGAUCACCUCAACAAAUGCCCGUCGUAGUCGAGCAUCAGCACUUUAACAUGUCCGAUUUGAACAAGCCGAGCACAAGUCGUGGCGAUUCGGCGCGUAAUAGUCGUAUUGGCUUGCUAAUGAGCGGAAAAUUUGGCAGUUCAACACCGUACCGCAAAAGCUUUGCGGGUAGCUCUGUCUCUCCGGAGCAUAUUUGGCUGGCGCCAGAAACAUUUGCAUGCUUAGAAUCACUCGGUGUGGUGAAUAACGAAGAUUUGCCGUACGAGAUGUUCGGCUUGAAUGCCACGGAAAAUGGAUUUGAUCGGCCACUUUCGGAAAUGUCUUACGAAUCGUGCGAUCCAAAUAAUUACGAAAUAAUGACGGCAUCAAUGAGCGCACAGCAAGGCGGCGGUGGUGGCUCAAAUACCGGAACGCUCUCGAAAUUCCACCGCAGUUUCUCGAUGGGUCAAGGUUGGGCCUUGGCUCAACAGCAGGGCACAUUCCAAUUGAAAAAUGUCGCUGCGAAUGCGGACGAAGCACAACAGACCAAAGUCGUUUUCAGACGACGCAAUAACUCCACCAGCGAAAGCGAUGGUGCUUUACUCAUUUGCUAUCCUUCGGAGAAUUUGCGUCGCCUGGUGCCGGAGAGCAUAUUGAACAGCAGUAUUGUACACCCAGCUGUGCAGCGAUUGGCUAACACCGAUGGCGGCAUGAGUGGUGCAAAAACGCACUCGCAUUCCGUCGACCAACCGGAGCGUAAUGACAAUGAGGAGAAAUUGAAGACAGCGGAAAUAGGCGGUGUUAAAACGAAGGAAUGUGAGUACUCGAGUGGCAGUGCCUUGCUGAGGGCGAACGCUAUGCGUGACAAAGAUACAUCAAACACGCUCCUCGAAAUGGAGCUAGCCUCACAGGUGAAUGCGCUGCUGCAACGUCCUGCUAUGGCAUUCAUUACACAAAAACAUGAUCUGGAGAAGCUGCGCUACGCUAUGAAGCGCAGUCUACGCAUAGCCGCCUGUCGCAUAUACUCGUUACAAGCGAUUAAUUGGUUAUUGCGCUCGGUGACGCAAAGCAUCUGCCUACACGAUCUCAUGUGGUGGUUCGUCAGUUCGCUAACUAUUUCCGCUGUCGAUAUGAUUGAUGGCAAGUAUGAGGAUGUGGAGCCCGCUUUAGAACACCCUGUGACUUACACGCAGAUCAGCGGUCGUUUCUCACAUUUAAUCACACAAAGCUUGCAUGUAUUUCUGCAGUCUGUUGCCGAUCUUACGCUCUACUUGCCGCUCGGUUCACCCUUGCAACGCAUCGCCAUACAAUGCUUUGGCAUACGAUUUCGCCAAACCGAUCAUCAAUUCCUACACAAUUCUCAUGUGUUCGGCAAUAUUUCUAAGAUACUUUCCAAAUCCGAUGAGCAAGAUGAUGUUAUGGCUGUGUCGAGCAUGGGCAUGGCGGGUGCGACAGCCGUUGAGGGUGGUUUCGGUGUUGGCAAUUCUGCGGGCAUGCAUGAUGUGGAGCAUAAUUUCCAGAGUGUUGGAGGUGCGGUGGUAGUUGUUGCGGGUGGUGCACCUGCGGGUGCUAAAAUUGUUUGCUAUUCCGACUUGAAUGGCAUGUUUGAGGUUACAGUGUCAUCACGUCAGGCCAUGGCCGAAUCGCUGACGGACAACUCGACUGAGACUUUUUGGGAAAGUGACGAGGAGGAUCGCAAUAAAUGCAAGAUCAUUGAGAUCUCGAUGACUAAGCUAACAUACACGUGUAAGGUGGUUUUGGUGCACAUCGACAACAGUCGGGACAUACAGAACAAAGUGCUGAAUGUGGUCUUUUAUGCCGGACAAUCGUUGGGCGAUACGAAUCUUAUCAAAUCCGUUGAUGUUGAUUCAAAAGCUUGCGCCUGGAUAUCCGCCAAAAUUACCAAUGAGUCUUACACUCACUUCCGCUUGGAGUUUCACGGUCCGGAGAAUACAUUACGUGUGCGACAAAUCAAAUUGCUCGGUCUACCGAGCAUCAUGAGCGGAUUCGACGAGCAUUUCCAUGAGCACUUUGGUGGAGCGCAUUCUGCGGCUGCGAGCGGUAAUGCUGGUAGCACGCUCAAAUCAAAUUUGAAGCUGACAAAUGCCCUACGCAUACAACAGCAGAUCUGUGAGUCUGAAACAUUGCGUGUCUUCCGACUAAUAACAGGUCAAGUAUUUGGUAAAUUGAUCAGCAACGUCGCAAGCGAUGCCGGCCAUCAAUCCAUACUCGGCAUGGAUUCCAGUGGCGCUUCUAUGCUCGCCGAUUCCCUGGAUCUACGCGAACAUAUGGUUGGUAUACUUUUCUCGCGUAGCAAGCUCUCACACCUGCAGAAGCAAGUGAUUGUGCAUAUUGUGCAUGCGAUCAAAAAGGAAGCGCAUCGUGCCAAAGAAGAUUGGGAGAUUGUGAACUUGGCGAAUUGUUUCAAAGACGCACAUGCUAACACCACGUCCGCCACCUCGACAGGUGAUCCAAAAAGUGAGUCCAGCUCGGAGCGCUAUCGUGCGCCCGACACUUAUUGCUUCGAAAUGCUUAGCAUGGUGUUGGCGCUCUCGGGCAGUGUCGUCGGUCGCUCAUAUCUCUCACAUCAGUACGGACUGCUGAAGGAUCUUCUAACGCUGCUCCAUACAGGCAGUGAUCGCGUUCAACGGCAGGUGACAGCGCUGCUACGACGCAUACUACCUGAAAUUUCGCCAGAGAGCUUCGCGGAGCUGAUGGGUGUGCAGCGCUUACCGCCAGCCGAUUAUAAUAUUGCACAUCAAAGCGCGGCCGACUUCGAUAUGAAUCGCUUGGGUUUGUUGGACAUAUUUUUGGCUGUCAUCGCUAAGGCGCUACAGUUACAAGUCAAAGUCAAGUCAACCUCAAGCAAACCGAGUCUGGAGAAGACACCCUCCUUCGUGCGUCUCUGCAGUUCGCUGGAUUUGUCUGUGCACUUGUUGAAGCAAACGCAGAAAGCAAAAGCGGACGCCGAGUGUGAGAAAAGCGCCAGCGAUGGUGAUGCCAUUGAAUUUUCGGCAAAAACGCAUCCAUUCCGUUUCGAUCAACAGGUGGAGAGUGGCGAAUAUGAGCUGGGCCGUUCGACACUGAAAGCGAGUAAGAAGGAGCAUAAGAAAAAUCUCAAUCAGCGUUGGUUUUUAAAUGGCGUCAUAUCUACCAAGCAGGCAGAAAGUAUUAUUAGCCUCGUGCGCGAUUUAGCCAGCGGUAAAUUAAGCGAGAAAUGGUCUCAGAUCACCAAAGCCGCCAUUGCGGAGUCUGUAUUGAAUUUAACGCGUUUGGAUGAGAUCUUCCGCAACCCGGAACAUUGCGUCAAAACCGCCACCAUGUGGUUGGCGCUCGCCAGCCUCUGUGUGCUCGAUCGCGAUCAUGUGGAGAAAUUGUCGUCCGGCCAGUGGUCUAAGGUAUCCGAUACACGUCCCAUGUGCACCAAUCACGAUGAUGGCGAGACUGCUGCCAUAAUCCAGUGCGAGACUUGUGGUUCGCUGUGUGGCGAUUGUGAUCGAUUUUUGCAUUUAAAUCGCAAAACUCGGAUGCAUAAGCGGACGGUUUGCAAGGAGGAAGAAGAAGCCAUACGCGUCGAACUGCAUGAGUCGUGCGGACGCACUAAACUCUUCUGGCUACUCGCCUUAGCCGACUCAAAGACGCUGAAGGCAAUGGUGGAAUUCCGCGAUGGCAGUCACACAAUCAUAUCCGGACCACAAGAGGCGGUUGGUCGUUGCCGUUUCUGUGGCAUUACCGGCAAUUCGGGACUGCUGGAGAUCGGCAAUGUGUGUGCCGAUGCGCAAUGUCAAGAGCAUGCGGCCAAUUCGUGUAUGAAGGUGAAGUCGUGCGAUCAUCCGUGCGGCGGUGUGACCAAUGAGAAGAAAUGCUUGCCCUGCUUGCAGCAUGUGUGUCACGCGCGCGAAAAUAAGAUCGCCGAAGAGCAGCAUGAGCCGAAAUUGACGCAGGAUGCAGACGACAUGUGCAUGAUAUGCUUUGUGGAGGCGCUGUCGUGUGCACCAUCCAUACAGCUCGAGUGCGGUCAUGUUUUCCACUAUCAUUGCUGCAAAGCUGUCAUUGAGAAACGUUGGAGCGGUCCUCGCAUCACCUUUGGCUUCUCUUUGUGUCCCAUUUGCAAAGCAGACAUACAACACGCACUGCUCGUCGAGAUUCUGGAACCGAUUAACGCGCUCAAGCAGGACGUCAAGCGCAAAGCGUUGAUGCGUUUGAAAUACGAGGGCGUCGUCAAGGAUACCGACUCCAAGGAUGUCACCAACUUGGCCAUGGAUCGCUAUGCCUACUAUGUGUGCUACAAGUGCCAGAAGGCCUAUUAUGGCGGCGAAGCACGGUGUGACGCCGAAAUCGGCGAGAAAUUCGAUCCGCAAGAGUUGGUCUGCGGCGGCUGUUCGGACGUGGCGCGUGCGCAAAUGUGCCCCAAGCAUGGCACUGACUUUCUCGAAUAUAAAUGUCGUUACUGCUGCUCGGUGGCGGUGUUUUUCUGCUUCGGCACCACACACUUCUGCGACACCUGCCACGAUGAUUUCCAGCGACUCACGAACAUACCGAAGAAUAAACUGCCACAAUGUCCGGCCGGCCCGAAGGCCAAGCAACUGUUGGGCGACGAGUGUCCCUUGCACGUCAUACAUCCACCAACGGGUGAGGAGUUCGCGCUGGGGUGCGGUGUGUGUCGUAACGCGCAAACGUUUUAGCAUGAUGCGGCGUUGCAGCGUCGCCAAAUGGAGGCGGGCUUAAUGCCGCUCGAGGAGUGGAUCGAGGUGGAAAUGUUGGAUUUGGACAAUGAACGCAGCUUUGAGGUGGUGCUGCGCGACGCCGACGAACACGAGGGCAAUCGGAACGAAUAGAAGCUAAAGAAAUAUGUGUAGCUGUAGGCGUUUUUUUGCUAGUUCUCACACGAAAAGUAUUUUUAUUUGAUCUCAUAAUUCGAUUUUUAUUACAAAUUUACAAAUUUAUAGCAAUGCAUGUGUACUCUUAAACUCACACAUCCACACAUACAUACAUACUUAUAUGAUUGUGAUCGUAGAGAAUCGCGUAUAUGUAGAUUCCCGUUGCGCCUAGAAUACUCAACAUUUUCAAGGCAUGUGCAACAUUUGCAAUAUUUAAUGUGCUAAAAUUAACACUAAGUUACACUUAUAUAAACACUAAAACAUAACUAUUUAAUAUAUGUCAACAUGUAGUCGUAUUUAUAGACACGAACGUGUAGCGAAUCGUCAAUGGCGCAUGUGCUAAUAUUGUGUAGACGAAAUUUCAAAAUAAAAAUUUGCAUUAAUAUUU